AUCAGCAACCUCGGCUUCCUGCUGUAUGAGCAGGGCGACCUGGACGGCGCGGAGCCGCUGUGCCGCGAGGCGCUGGAGGGGAAGCGAGAGACGCUCGGCGACCGGCACCCGGACACGCUCACCUCGAUCAACAACCUCGGCUCGCUGCUAAAGGAAAAGGGCGACCUGGACGGCGCGGAGGCGCGGAUCCGCGAGGACCUGGUGGCGAGCCGAGAGACGCUUGGCGACCGGCACCCGAGCACGCUCAUUUCGAUCAGCAACCUCGGCUUCCUGCUGAAGACGAAGGGCGACGUGGACGGCGCGGAGGCGCUGUACCGCGAGGCGCUGGAGGCGAGGCGAGAGACGCUUGGCGACAGGCACCCGCACACGCUCGCCUCGAUCAGCAACCUCGGCUUGCUGCUGGAG